CGGAAGUGACGCGUGACGUAGCGGAAGUCCCUGCAGCCGCGGUGUUGUGCUGUGGGGAAGAGACAGAUUUGUAAACCUCAGAGUGAGGUUGAGCCUGCCCGAGGCCGCUGCGGUGCGGAGACCCCCGGGGAAGCCACCGUCACCAUGUCUGACCAGGAGGCAAAACCUUCAACUGAGGACUUAGGGGAUAAGAAGGAAGGCGAAUACAUUAAGCUCAAAGUUAUUGGACAGGAUAGCAGUGAGAUACAUUUCAAAGUGAAAAUGACAACACAUCUCAAGAAACUCAAGGAGUCGUACUGUCAAAGACAGGGAGUUCCAAUGAAUUCACUCAGGUUUCUAUUUGAAGGUCAGAGAAUUGCUGAUAACCAUACUCCAAAAGAACUGGGAAUGGAGGAAGAAGAUGUGAUUGAAGUUUAUCAGGAACAAACAGGGGGUCAUUCAAGGGUUUAGAUAAUUCUUUUUAUUUUUUUCCCUUUUCCCUUAAUCCUUUUUUAUUUUUAAAAAUAGUUCUUUUGUAAUGUGGUGUUCAAAAUGAAAAUUGAAUACUGGCACUCCAUCUCUUUAGAACAUCUGGUAAUCUGAAUUCUAGUGUUCAAUAUUCA